UAGAUAGUGAACAACUAAGAAGACCAAGCCAAGAGCAGGCACUGAUAGCUGAGUCAACGGAAGAAGACGGAAUCUGAUAGGUGCCCACCAGUUUGAGAGCAUAUAUAUAGCAUGACCCUUCUCCAUUCUGUACAACUGGCUUUCACCUAUUCAUCAGGACAUUAGCAGCAAUCCAAAAUCCAAUCACACGAUGUCUACUAUACAGAUCCGCACCAUGCCGUCCGAGAAGCUCGCCAAAUCCAUUCUCUCGGGCGUAACACCAGCAGCAAAAGAGACCUUCAAACUCGACUCCUGGGAUCCGGCCGUCUUCAUCAGCGAUCUUCUCCUCCAGAACACUAGUAAUGAGAAGAUCCCGAAGACUUAUGAACAAACUUCAAAGUCUAUGAGCGUAGCUUUUGCCAAGGGCAUUGGAAGUUAUUCAUCGUAUAUGGACACAAUCGGAUUUGAACCCAGUAUCGCGGUCGCCAGAGAACUGAAAGAUCAACAGCAGCUUUACAAGUUCGUGACCGAAGAGAGAUCAGAAGGCUAUCCACCACAUCUGGAAGUCGUCCCACCGAUUGACGUUUUUGAAAAGGAGGAUAUCUUCGCGGAGAACGGACCUGAUGGGGAGACAAAUAUCAACCAGUCUUCAAUCGGAGACCUUGAGGGAGACAUCGACCCCAACAAGAAGUGGUAUUCGGAUGCUAUCUUUGCCCAACAAAAUUUCACAGGGAUCAAUCCAACGACAAUCGAAUCCGCUGGCAAGUGGGUUUCUCGUUUCACUGUUGAAGCUCAACGCCAGAGGCUAGACAAGACAAUGGCCCAACUCUUGGAAAGAGCAGAUCCGGCAUCGUUGUUCGUGCAAGACUGCAGCUACUUUCGCGAAGCUUUCGGAUUUUCAGCGAAGGACCAGCAGAAGAACAUUGCAGACCCAGGUGGAUGCUUCAGAGGAAGCACUCGGUGGGGAUGUGCUGCUGUUACUCUGUUUCAGCUUGAUCCUCAGGGAAAGUUGCAUCCCUUGGCAAUCGCAAUCGACUACAAGGAGUCAUUGGAGAAAUCUGUGACGAUCUUCAACAAGCGCUUGAGUCCUUCCCAGACAAACGUUGACCAAGAAACCGAUUGGCCUUGGAGAUAUGCCAAGACCUGUGCCCAAGUGUCUGAUUGGAUUCGACAUGAACUGGCCAUUCAUCUCACAAACACGCACUUGAUUGAAGAAGGCAUCAUUGUCGCUGCUCACCGCACUCUCCCCUCCGACCACGCUGUCAACAGACUCUUGUCCCCUCAUUGGAUAAAGACAUUGUCCCUCAAGUGA